AUGUCGUCAUCCAGUUACAUUGUCCGUCUCUCCGACUCCGCCACUGACAGCGACUUGACAGAAACAAUCAAGCAAUUCGAGAGUAAGGGUGGCAAAGUGUCCCAGCAAUACUCUCUGUUCAGGGGAUUCGCGGGCUCGUUGCCUGAGGAGCACGUCUCUGCUCUUGAGGCUAUGCCCCACGUCUCUGCCGUUGAAAAGGAUCAAAAGGUUUCCAUCAAUUGA